AUGAACUUUCAAAAGUUUAUUACAAGUUUUGACAUUAUUUGAUGAAAUGUCGUCAAACGAUUCACAAAGGCAGAAAGAGAAAAACAAAUACGAAUUGGAAGAACAAUUCCUUCUUCGUUUGCCUGAAAAAGAGGCAAAUGAUUUGAAAAAUGUCCUUCAUUCGAAGCCAAAAAAAGUGAAAAAAAUGUUAAAAAUAUCGUUAAACAGCGAGAUGAACGAAGGGGUGGUUCAUUUGAAUAAAAAAGUUUUAAAUGCCAGAGUUUUCGAUUUACCAUGUCACGUGGAAUCUUUGAAGACAACAGAUCGUGUAGAUUUUUAUAAAACUGCGGAUAUUUCGAAAAUCGUGGUUUGUAAGAAAGAACCAUUCGAAAAUAAUGAUGAAAACAACAAAAAUGUUGUUACAUCUAAAAAGAAUUUAAAGAAAUAUUCGUAUCCUCAUGGUCUUACACCUCCUUUAAAAAACGUACGCAAAAGGCGAUUCAGAAAAGUUUUGAAAAACAAAAUCGACCUCGAAGAUGUUGAUGAAAUUGAGAAAGAAGUUCUUUGGCUACUUAGAAUGGACGUUGAAGCUGUAUCUAGCAGAUAUGAGCUUAUAUAUGAUAACGUUUCUUCAAGAAAUGACUUUGAUGAGCGUUCUCUUUUCGGAGAAAUAAGUGACUGUGAUUCAGACGAGGAAAAUCGAAGCUCAACGAGUUUAGAAUUGUCAACUUCAUUAAAUAUUUUUUCGCAAUAAAAAAUAUAUUUUGUACAUUAU